UUUUCCUCCGCUGGAGGAGGUGGAAAGGGGGAGCUCUUUUGCAGUGUUUCUCCCGUUCCUCUCCCGCAAAGUACUGCCCAAGCCUUUUUUUCCUGCUUCCUCCCUCCCUCCCUCUCUUUCUGAUACACCAGACCGGCUCAGCUUCCUGUGUUUGUGUGGCUGAUCGUGAGAGAGAAGAAAGGCAAAGAGAGAGAGAGACGCUCGGGAGCUGCCAGCUCAACAUGGUGUAGUUGUUCUUGUCGGGGCCGGAAAGAAACACAAAGAGGAGCGUCGCCAAAUGUGGAGGAGAUACAGCGCCGCACAAUCGCAAACGUUUUGAAAGCAGAGACGAGGACAUUGUAAUUUUUGUUGAAUAAAUUGAAAAGAUGGCGAACGAUUCUCCAGCUAAAAGUCUGGUGGAUAUAGACCUUUCUUCUUUGCGGGACCCAGCCGGGAUUUUUGAACUUGUGGAAGUGGUUGGCAACGGCACCUAUGGACAAGUUUACAAGGGCAGACAUGUUAAAACGGGUCAGUUGGCUGCUAUCAAAGUUAUGGAUGUUACAGAGGAUGAAGAGGAAGAAAUUAAGCUUGAGAUCAACAUGUUGAAAAAAUACUCACACCAUAGAAAUAUUGCUACUUACUACGGUGCUUUUAUAAAGAAAAGCCCUCCAGGGCAUGAUGAUCAGCUGUGGCUUGUCAUGGAAUUCUGUGGUGCUGGCUCCAUCACAGAUUUGGUGAAGAACACAAAGGGAAAUAGCCUGAAAGAAGACUGGAUUGCAUAUAUCUCUAGGGAGAUUCUCAGGGGACUGGCGCAUCUUCACGCCCAUCAUGUGAUUCACCGAGACAUUAAGGGCCAAAAUGUUCUACUAACAGAAAAUGCUGAAGUUAAACUGGUGGAUUUUGGUGUUAGUGCUCAACUUGAUAGAACUGUUGGAAGAAGAAAUACUUUUAUUGGAACUCCAUAUUGGAUGGCUCCUGAGGUUAUUGCUUGUGAUGAAAAUCCUGAUGCAACAUAUGAUUACAGGAGUGAUUUGUGGUCCUGUGGAAUUACAGCUAUUGAAAUGGCAGAGGGUGCACCACCACUUUGUGAUAUGCAUCCAAUGAGAGCACUCUUCCUUAUUCCUAGAAAUCCUCCUCCAAGACUGAAAUCCAAAAAAUGGUCUAAAAAGUUCUUCAGUUUUAUAGAAGCUUGUUUAGUGAAGAACUAUAUGCAGCGACCUCCAACAGACCAGUUGCUAAAGCAUCCUUUCAUCCGGGACCAACCAAAUGAACGUCAAGUUCGGAUCCAGUUAAAAGAUCACAUAGACAGAACAAGAAAGAAGAGGGGAGAAAAAGAUGAGACAGAAUAUGAAUAUAGUGGAAGUGAAGAAGAGGAGGAGGAAGUACCUGAACAGGAAGGAGAACCAAGUUCCAUUGUGAAUGUCCCUGGUGAAUCAACACUUAGAAGAGAUUUUCUGAGGCUACAGCAAGAGAAUAAGGAGAGAUCAGAAGCCUUGCGCAGACAGCAGCUCCUCCAAGAACAGCAGCUGCGUGAACAGGAGGAGUACAAGAGGCAGCUUCUUGCGGAGCGUCAGAAGCGUAUUGAGCAGCAAAAGGAGCAAAGGAGACGUUUAGAAGAGCAACAAAGGCGGGAAAGGGAAGUUAGAAGACAACAAGAACGAGAAAAACGCAGAAUGGAAGAGAUGGAGCGAAGGAGAAAAGAGGAAGAAGAGAGGAGGAGGGCUGAAGAAGAAAAGAGGAGAGUUGAACGAGAACAGGAAUAUAUCAGACGACAAUUGGAGGAAGAACAGAGACACUUGGAAAUUCUUCAACAGCAACUACUCCAUGAGCAGGCUAUGUUACUGGAGUUUAAGUGGCGUGAGAUGGAAGAGCAACGGCAAUCAGAGAGGCUUCAGCGUCAGUUACAGCAGGAGCAGCUCUACCUCCUAUCACUGCAGAGUGACCAUAGACAACAGCAGCAAGACAGGAAUAAGCAGCAGUCCCAGCAGCAGGUUCAACAGCAACAAGGGUACCAGCCAACAGAGCAGAAGCCUCAGCCACAUGAGCCAACAGACAGACCAAGAGAGAGUGAGGACCGAUUCAGAGGUUCACCUCAAGCACAAUCAAAACAACCUAGCAAAGUGUUGGAGCCCCCAGUGCCUUCCCGCUCAGAGUCCUUUUCUAAUGGCAGCUCAGAACCUGCCCAGUCUGCAGUACACAGGCCUGUGGAGCCUCAGGUACAGUGGUCCCAUCUGGCAUCUCUCAAGAAUAAUGCUUCCCCUGUGUCUCGAUCCCAUUCCUUCAGUGACCCUUCUCCUAUUUUUGCACAUCUCCAUCUUCGUUCUCAGGACCCAUAUCCACCUUCUCGCAAUGACAUUCAGCAAAGCUCUGAGCCUAGGUCAGACAUGCCUGACCCCAGCCAAAAGGAUAAAUUCUCUGGGGUCUGGGCUAGAGCAGACAGUGAGGAGGUUCCCCCAAGGGUUCCUGUAAGAACAACAUCCAGAUCUCCUGUGUUAUCACGUCGUGACUCACCAUCACCAUUGAACAGUCAACUUGUCAAUCAGGCCGGCCAAAGGAAUUCCACAAGGUUCAAUAUUGAACCUAGACUUCUGUGGGAGCGAGUUGAGAAGCGGGUGCCCAGACCAGGCAGUGGCAGCUCUUCGGGUUCCAGCAACUCUGGGUCGCAGCCAGGUUCACAGAGCGGGUCUGGGGAACGGUUUCGUGUUCGAUCAUCUUCAAAAUCUGAGGGUUCACCAUCACAAAGACAAGAAAAUGCUGCUAAAAAGCCAGAGGAGAAGAAGGAUGCAUUUAGACCAAGCAGGCCAGCUGAUCUUGCUGAUCUAGCCAAGGAAUUGCGAGCUGUUGAAGAUAUUAGGCCACCGCAGAAAGUAACAGAUUACUCAUCGUCCAGUGAAGAAUCGGGAACUACAGAUGAGGAAGAGGAUGACUUGGAACAAGAAGCAGCUGAUGAGUCUACUUCUGGACCUGAGGAUUCUAGGGCACUCUCUUCGUCUAAGCUGAGUAAUGGUGAAACAGAGUCUGUGAAGACGAUGAUUGUUCAUGAUGACACUGAGAGUGACCCUGCUGUUACUCCUUCCAAAGAUGGCACUUUAAUUGUCCGACAGAGUUCAGGUGACAAAAAGCGCACCAGCCAUCAUGAGAGCAAUGGCUUUGCCGGUCGCAUUCACCUCUUGCCAGAUCUCAUACAGCAAAGCCAUUCCUCCUCAUCCACCUCUUCCCCAUCCUCCAGCCAGCCGACUCCCUCCAUGUCCCCUCAGACUCCCCAGGACAAGCCUACUGCAAAUGAGAGUCCUUCAGCAAGUAAUACCCUACAGAAACACAAAUCAUCCUCAUCAUUUACACCCUUUAUCGACCCACGCUUGCUUCAGAUUUCACCAUCAAGUGGUACAACUGUUACAUCUGUAGUGGGUUUUUCAAAUGAAAUCAGACCAGAUGCCUUGAGACAAGAUCCAACUAGGAAAGGUUCAGUAGUUAAUGUCAACCCAACAAACACUAGACCACAGAGUGAUACCCCAGAAAUACGUAAAUACAAAAAACGGUUCAAUUCAGAAAUUCUUUGUGCAGCUCUGUGGGGUGUCAACUUAUUAGUAGGUACAGAAAGUGGCCUCAUGCUACUGGACAGAAGUGGACAGGGGAAAGUAUAUCCAUUAAUUGGAAGGAGAAGGUUUCAGCAAAUGGAUGUUCUUGAAGGUCUGAAUGUCCUAGUGACAAUAUCAGGCAAAAAGAACAAACUAAGAGUUUAUUAUUUGUCAUGGUUGCGAAAUAAGAUUUUGCAUAAUGAUCCUGAAGUAGAGAAGAAACAAGGGUGGACAACAGUAGGUGAUUUGGAAGGAUGUGUGCACUAUAAAGUUGUAAAAUAUGAAAGGAUCAAGUUCUUAGUAAUUGCAUUGAAGAAUUCAGUGGAAGUCUAUGCAUGGGCACCCAAGCCAUAUCAUAAAUUUAUGGCCUUCAAGUCUUUUGGUGAAUUAAUGCACAAGCCAUUGCUGGUGGAUCUGACUGUCGAAGAAGGUCAAAGGCUGAAAGUGAUUUAUGGUUCCAGUUCUGGGUUUCAUGCAGUGGAUGUGGACUCAGGGACAGUUUAUGACAUCUAUCUGCCAACACAUAUCCAAAGUAGCAUCCAGCCACAUGCCAUAAUCAUCUUGCCUAAUACAGAUGGAAUAGAGUUAUUGGUAUGUUAUGAGGAUGAAGGUGUCUAUGUGAACACAUAUGGAAGGAUCACAAAAGAUGUGGUUCUGCAGUGGGGAGAAAUGCCUACGUCAGUUGCCUACAUCCGUUCCAAUCAGAUUAUGGGCUGGGGUGAAAAAGCAAUUGAAAUCCGCUCAGUGGAAACAGGACAUUUGGAUGGUGUAUUCAUGCAUAAACGGGCACAAAGAUUAAAGUUUCUUUGUGAAAGAAAUGACAAGGUCUUCUUUGCCUCAGUCCGUUCCGGUGGAUCCAGCCAGGUUUAUUUCAUGACUCUUGGCCGAAGCUCCCUUCUUAGCUGGUAAACGAGAGAAACAGCCACAGUUACCAGAAGAAACAAGACAAACAGAAUCUUUAAGAUCUGAAUAAAAUAAUCAUUGAACUAAUCUACAACUGGAGAACGACCUGCACUGAGGCCAUUAAUUCUCGAAAGCUGUUAUCAGCUUUUUAGAUAAUGACAGCUGAGGAAUUAAAAUCUGUGGUGUCUUUGGUGCUGUUAAAAUAUGGCAGUCAGACACCAGAAACACUGUGGCUCUGACCUGACAGUAAACAACACUUCAUCUCAGUUAUAGAAUCCUUAAGCUUCAGGCAACUCUGCUUGUCUAAAAUGAAAAUGAGCCCUAUCUUCAGUCACGUAGUAGGAUAAACACUGAGUGUGCAAGUGCAAGCAGGGCAGCGAAGCUGUUACAAGGCAGAUUGGAAAAAUCUUAAAAGUGUUAAUGUUUGGUAAUGGCUAUAGAAGAAAGAUAAAGGUUUUAGUAAGUUUUUAAUCUGUGAUUAAAAAAACAUUGAGGGGCAAAAAUGGUGAAUUUCCUGUAGAGAGAAUGGGACUUGGAGAUGUAUUUGUUUACUUUCUGUGCACCAGGAAUCUCCUGAAAGCAAGGAAGUCAUUGUUCACUUACUCUUUGUGUUAGGCCUGGAUUGGGUUCACAUCAUGCAGGGUUAAGACAUUAAAUUUUUUAAAUGUUUGAAGUUUUUUUCCUUCUUAGAAGUGCAACAACAUGUAUUUUUUUUAUUAUUAUAAUUGUUGUUGUUAUAUAUAACAAAUAUUGCACUUUGAAAAUUCCCAGAUUACAGCUGAUUUUUUUUUCUUGUUUUUGUGCCUACCUCAUUGUUGAAAUGCAGGAAUUAAUGGAGGUGGAAAUAUUGUGUAUGUUAAAAAAGUAAAUAAAAAUAAAUUUCUGACUCUUAAACAUACAUUAACCAAAAUAUUUGAUAAUGUUUGACUGUUAUAAUGGAACUGGCACAGUCAGACAGAUGGACCAUUGUAAUGGUGAUGACCCAAAGGCAAUGAUAACAACAAGGAAGCAUGUAACAGCAGAAAGUUGUACCUGAAGUAUGUGUAGCUAAAAAUGGAGAGGAUGACUUUGUUUAUCUUAAGAAAAAAAAAACAGAAUUUUGUAGCAAACAGUUAAUUCUGCUAAGCUUCUGAACCAUGGGUAGUGGAGUAUAAACUCUGUGUGGUUAUAUUUUACUUUUAAGUUUUUUUUUUAAUAAUGAAUGCAAUGCACUAAAUUUCUCAAGAAUGUAGAAAAUUACUGUUUCUCAGUAAAUAGCAUUAAAUUUCCCCAUUUUGGAUGCAAAAAUACCAAUCCUGAUGCUUAAUUGUUUUUCUUUGUAAUAGAGCUUGAACAGGCUUUGUUUUACAAAGUGGUUUGACAUUUAUAAUGCUCAACAGUUACAUGUCGUUUUGUCUGAUUACUUGAAAGACCAGAAGUGUAUGAUGCAUUGAUAAAAUUUCAAUACACAGUGGUAUUGCAUUCUUACACCGUAGUUUCCUUUUUUGGGUACUGUGUUGACAGCUGCCUUAAGCUGUUCAUUCUGUGAACAGAAUCUCAGUGUUUCUAUAGGGCUUAGUCUUCAGUAAAUUGAAUUAUUCUCUGAAUCAGCAUGACAUCGUAGGGCUUUUUGAGGCUUUGUAUUUGUUUAACAUGUUAAAAAUGGUAGGUCAUAUUUAAAGUAAACAUUUUAGAGAUUAUCUAUGACUUGUUAACCACCUUGUUAAAUUAACUAUAUCUAGCGUUUGAGAUGCUGUAGAGAACAUUGUUUUACAAGGCAUUAUUCUAACGAUGGAAGAAUUUACCCUGCCCCAUCAAUGCCCAGGAGACCCUCUGAUUUAUAGUUCAUUUUUUUUAUCCUCCCCACCUUACAAUUAUAAUAAAUAAAUAAAUUAAAUAAAUAGAACUAACAAUGGCUUACUUAAAUAGGUGCUGGUGAACUCCAGGUUGCAGUACCUGCAUAUUUGUUUUAUUUAUUUAUUUAACUUGAGCACUGAAGACAUAAGCUGCUUUGCUUAUAACUUGCAAAUGCUUUAAUUUUUUAAGGGAGCCAAGAAGUUUUUAAUAUUAAAAAAGGGACGUACUUGUCAAAGACCUGAACACAAUAACGAGAUUUUUUUAAGAUACUGCACUUGUAUUCACUACAAAUCAAAAUCAUUUUCUUAAAAUGAAAACAGUUGUUGAUGAGGUCUUUAUGGUAACUAGAGUCCCCAAGGACUGAGUCGGUCUCAGACUUCUGAUGGUCUUUCUUCAUGUUAUUAACUUUGUUAAUUGAGGCUGUUCUGACAUAAGUGAAUUUACCAUUAGCAGAUAGCUUUGAAAUUUUAAAACAGAAAGCAUUUUUCCCCAGCAGAGUCUGACUAGCAGGUUUCAUCUGAAAGCGAUGUGCAGAGGUGGCAAUGAUACAAGCUUAACAGUAUUACAAAACCACUACGUAAAAAAUAACUGAAGAACUCUUUCAGCAUUGUUACCUUAAAGUUCUAGAUUUAGUUAAGAUGCUUAAGGAUAGUUAAAUUUUAUUUCUGUAUUUUACGUAACCCUUAUUAUAUGACUGCAGUGUUUUUAAUCUUAUGCACAUGUUACGUUGAGAAAUGUUUACAAAAACAAUGUUUUGUUUCACUAAUGUGCAUCACUUAUUUAUGGUUUAUUUGAAAGCAAGUUUUUUGUGUUUUUUAAGCUUGUUUUGUAUUAUAAAUACACUUUUUUGUGACUCAUAACCCCUAAACUCUGCUGAUUUUUAUUUUUUUAAGGGUGAUGCAGAAGUAAUGCAAAUGAAUUUCAAUUAAUAACUAAUUCUUUAGCUGCAGAGCCAACAAAUCACAGGCAAAAUGUUUUCAUUAUUUGUUUCUGCCAUGCUAUCUAACUUAUGUCCUAUGUGUAUUAUGAAAAUUCUUGUAUUUUCUUGAAGGUCAAUUUUUUCUUGAAUAAAAUAAAGUAAUAAAUGUUGUUUGA